UCUAGCAUUGUUCUCUGACUCAACCUGCGCUCGCUUGACUCAAGACCAAGAAGUCUCUCUCCUCUUCACUCCAUCACAGACUCGAUCUCUUCCACACCACUGUCUAUAUUCAAGAACAGGCGAAGACAAACAAAAACCCAUUGAACAUCCAAUCUGUGUGAUCUGUUAUUUAUCGAUGGCCAUUCUGUGAUCAACGUGAAGGACAGAGAGAGAGAUUGCGAUCAGGUUUCGGCAAUGGAGACCCGUUUCAGAUCUGGGUUUUGGGUAUUGUUCGCUCUUGUUGUCUUCUUGAGUCUUUCGGGUCAUCUGGUUUCUGGAGAGAGUCGUCGUCCAAAGAACGUUCAGGUGGCGCUUCGGGCCAAGUGGUCUGGUACCCCAUUACUCUUAGAAGCUGGGGAAUUGCUAUCUAAAGAAUGGAAAGACCUUUUUUGGGAUUUUAUUGAGAUCUGGCUUCAUACAGAGAACGUGGAUGCUGACUCUCAUACGGCCAAAGACUGCUUAAAGAAAAUUUUAAAAUAUGGGCAAUCUCUUUUGAGUGAACCUCUGGCAUCGGUCUUUGAAUUCUCUCUUACUCUACGAUCUGCAUCCCCAAGAUUAGUGCUUUACCGGCAAUUAGCGGAUGAAUCUCUUUCUUCAUUUCCGCUGACUGAAGAUAUGGACUCUAACUUUGUCAAUGGAGGAAUCUCUGAAUUAAAUGAAAACAUGGAAAAAAAUGAGCCGUUGCUCGUGGGCAUAAACCCAAGAAGUCCAAGGGGAAAAUGCUGUUGGGUGGACACUGGUGGGGCACUGUUUUUUGAUGUCACGGAGUUGGUAUCAUGGCUCAGUAGCCCAAAUGAAUUAGCUGGGGAUUCAUUUCAGCAGCCUGACCUUUACGAAUUUGAUCAUAUGUAUUUCAAUUCAAGUAUUGCAAGUCCAGUUGCAGUUCUGUAUGGAGCUCUUGGGACUGAAUGCUUCAGGGAAUUUCAUGUCACAUUGGUGGAAGCAGCCAAAGAGGGAAAAGUUAAAUAUGUUGUUAGACCUGUGUUGCCUUCUGGUUGUGAAUCAAAAAGUGGCCAUUGUGGAGCUGUUGGCACAAGAGAUCCCUUGAAUUUGGGUGGUUAUGGUGUAGAGCUUGCUUUGAAGAACAUGGAAUACAAGGCCAUGGAUGACAGUGCAAUAAAGAAAGGUGUCACUCUUGAAGAUCCUCACACGGAAGAUCUCAGUCAAGAAGUUAGAGGGUUCAUAUUCUCUAAAAUUCUGGAACGCAAACCUGAGCUAUCGUCUGAGAUAAUGGCUUUUAGGGAUUAUCUUUUGUCAUCAACUAUAUCUGAUACACUCGAUGUUUGGGAAUUAAAGGAUUUAGGACAUCAAACUGCACAGAGGAUAGUUCAUGCCUCGGAUCCUUUGCAGUCAAUGCAAGAAAUCAAUCAAAAUUUUCCAAGUGUUGUUUCUUCUUUGUCUCGUAUGAAGCUCAAUGAUUCCAUUAAGGAUGAAAUAAUAGCAAACCAGCGAAUGAUUCCUCCUGGCAAGUCCUUGAUGGCUCUGAAUGGUGCUUUAAUCAAUAUUGAAGAUAUUGACCUUUCUAUGUUGCUUGAUCUCGUCCAUCAGGAGUUAUCGCUAGCUGAUCAAUAUACAGAAUUGAAGAUUCCUCCAAGCACUGUGCGGAAACUCCUAUCAACUCUACCUCCUCCAGAGUCCAAUAGCUUUCGCGUUGAUUUUCGUUCAACUCAUGUGCAUUAUCUCAAUAACUUGGAGGUGGAUGCAAUGUACAAUCGUUGGCGUAGUAAUAUAAAUGAGAUUUUGAUGCCGGUAUUCCCUGGGCAACUACGUUAUAUUCGUAAGAACUUGUUCCAUACAGUUUUUGUUGUGGAUCCUGCAUCCAUUUGUGGACUUGAGGCAAUUGACACGAUUAUUUCUUUGUACGAGAAUAGUUUUCCUAUGAGAUUUGGGGUGAUAUUGUACUCAGCAAAGUUUAUCAAGAAGAUUGAAUCGAACAGUGGAGAACUCCCAUUAGAUCCUGUGGAAAAUGACAGUGGGACAGAGGAAGAUGUGUCCAGUUUGAUUAUACGUCUUUUUAUUUAUAUUAAGGAAAAUCAUGGCACUCAAACGGCUUUCCAGUUUCUGAGCAACGUAAAUAGAUUACGGAUUGAGUCCGCUGAUUCUGCAGAAGAGGCUCCUGAAAUGCAUCAAGUGGAAGGGGCAUUUGUAGAAACGCUAUUACCAAAGGCAAAAUCUCCACCUCAGGAUACUUUAUUGAAACUGGAAAAGGAGAAAACAUUCAGUGAACUGUCUCAAGAGAGCUCCAUGUCUGUUUUCAAGCUGGGUUUGGCUAAGCUGCGGUGUUGCGUAUUGAUGAAUGGACUUGUGUAUGAUCCUAAUGAGGAAGCUCUUUUAAAUGCCAUGAAUGAUGAGCUUCCCAGAAUACAAGAACAAGUUUACUAUGGGCAUAUAAAUUCUCACACUGAUGUUCUGGACAAAUUUCUAUCGGAAAGUGGUAUCCAGCGCUAUAAUCCUCAGAUUAUUGCUGAUGGCAAUGCCAAAGCAAGAUAUAUAUCUUUGUCUACAUUAAUCCUUGGAAAGGAAUCCUUGUUGAAUGAUAUCAGCUACCUGCACUCUACCGGAACUAUAGAUGAUUUGAAGCCCGUGACUCAUCUUCUUGCCAUUGAUGUUGCAUCAAAAAAAGGGACGAAGUUGCUUCGUGAGGGAAUACGCUACCUGAUAGGAGGUUCAAAAAAUGCUCGCUUAGGCGUGCUAUUUAAAGCCAACCCAGUUGCUGAUUCACCUAGUAUUGUAUUUGUGAAGGUUUUUGAAAUCACUGCAUCGUCAUAUAGUCACAAGAAAAAUGUGUUGGAUUUUUUGGAUCAACUGUGCUCAGUUUAUGAGCGCAAGUACAUGCUUGCAUCUUCCUCAGUUGCUGAAAGCAAGGAAGCAUUUAUUGAUAAGGUCUGUGAGUUGGCUGAUGCAAAUGGAUUGCCAUCAAAGGGCUAUAGAUCUGUUCUCAAUGAAUUUUCGGUUGACGAGUUGAGACAUCAUUUGAAUAAGGUGGCACAGUUUCUAUACAGGCAACUUGGCCUUGAAUCCGGGGUUAAUGCAGUUAUUACAAAUGGAAGGGUGAUCCGCACUACUGAUGACAGCACUUUUAUGAGCCACGAUCUACAUCUUCUAGAAUCUGUGGAAUUCAAACAAAGAAUUAAGCAUAUUGUUGAAAUUAUUGAAGAAGUGAAGUGGGAGGACAUAGAUCCUGACAUGCUAACAAGCAAAUUCAUAAGUGAUAUCAUUAUGUGCGUCUCAUCUUCAAUUGCUACAAGGGAUCGAGGUUCUGAAACUGCACGCUUUGAAGUUUUGAAUGCAAAAUACAGUGCUGUUGUUUUAAGUAAUGAAGAUUCUAGUAUUCAUAUUGAUGCUGUUGUUGACCCCCUGAGUCCUUCUGGUCAAAAGCUAUCUUCACUUCUUCGUUCUCUGUGGAAAUGCAUUCAGCCAAGCAUGAGGCUUGUACUUAAUCCAUUGAGUUCACUGGUUGACCUACCUCUGAAGAAUUACUACAGAUAUGUGGUGCCAACAGCGGAUGAUUUCAGCAGUACAGAUUAUGCGGUACAUGGCCCGAAAGCAUUCUUUGCCAAUAUGCCAUUAUCUAAAACCCUUACCAUGAAUCUUGAUGUUCCUGAACCUUGGCUUGUGGAGCCUGUUAUUGCUGUUCAUGACCUGGAUAAUAUACUGCUUGAGAACCUCGGCAACACAAGGACAUUGCAAGCAGUGUUUGAACUCGAGGCUCUUGUUCUUACUGGUCAUUGUUCAGAGAAAGAUCAUGAACCUCCACGUGGCCUUCAGCUGAUCCUUGGAACUAAGACUGCACCUCACUUGGUUGAUACACUUGUGAUGGCCAAUCUGGGUUAUUGGCAAAUGAAAGUUUCUCCUGGGGUUUGGUAUCUGCAGCUUGCUCCAGGUAGAAGUUCUGAGCUCUAUGUUCUGAAAGAAGAUGGUGAUGGAAGUCACAAUUUGCCUUCAGCAAAGCGUAUCACUAUAAAUGAUUUGCGGGGUAAACUAGUUCGUUUGGAGGUGGCGAAGAAAAAGGGCAUGGAGCAUGAGACAUUACUGAUUUCUUCCGACAAUGAUAACAAUUCACAGAAGAAAAAAGGAGGUCAGAAGGGUUGGAACUCAAAUUUUUUGAGAUGGGCUUCUGGUUUAAUUGGUGGAACUCAGCAGUCAAAGAAGAGUGAACACACUUCAGUGGAGCAUGGAAAUGGUGAGCGACAUGGAAAAACAAUCAAUAUAUUUUCUAUAGCUUCUGGGCACUUAUAUGAGCGGUUUCUGAAAAUCAUGAUACUAAGUGUUCUGAAGAACACCCGCCGACCAGUAAAGUUCUGGUUUAUAAAGAAUUAUCUUUCUCCUCAGUUCAAGGAUGUAAUCCCACAAAUGGCACAAGAAUACGGUUUUGAAUAUGAAUUAAUCACCUACAAAUGGCCUACUUGGUUGCAUAAACAGAAAGAGAAACAGCGAAUCAUCUGGGCAUAUAAAAUCCUGUUCCUCGAUGUUAUUUUUCCGCUUUCUUUGGAGAAGGUUAUAUUCGUUGAUGCAGAUCAAAUUGUCAGGGCAGACAUGGGAGAACUCUAUGACAUGGAUAUAAAAGGACGACCUCUUGCAUAUACUCCUUUUUGUGACAACAACAAGGAUAUGGAUGGCUAUCGGUUUUGGAGACAAGGUUUCUGGAGGGAACAUUUACGUGGAAGGUCAUAUCAUAUUAGUGCGCUAUAUGUUGUUGAUUUGGUCAAAUUCCGAGAAACUGCUGCAGGAGAUAAUCUAAGAGUAUUUUAUGAAAACCUAAGCAAGGAUCCAAAUAGUCUUUCCAAUCUGGAUCAGGAUCUUCCCAACUAUGCUCAGCACACUGUACCCAUCUUUUCACUCCCUCAAGAAUGGCUAUGGUGCGAGUCAUGGUGUGGUAAUGCCACAAAAUCCAAGGCAAAAACCAUUGACCUCUGCAACAAUCCCAUGACAAAGGAGCCCAAGCUUCAGGGUGCUAAAAGAAUAGUUGCAGAGUGGCCGGAUCUUGACUUGGAAGCAAGAACCUUCACUGCAAAAAUCUUAGGUGAAGAUGUUGAUCCCCAAGAACAGGUGGUAUCCCCUACUCAGUCAGAAAACAAAGUCAGCAACCCUCCACCAGAAGACAUUGAAUCAAAGUCAGAGUUGUGAAUUUAGGUCCAGCAUCAAUUCAAGAUCCUCUGAAUUUAUACUUGGAGAUUGUGGGACCAAUAUAAUGGAUAUGAGGUCUUUCUUGACCUUGUGCUUCUACUUUACAUUGGAGAAUUUUGACUCUUUACUCUUCAGCAAGUCAAACUGAGAGAAUGCAAAAGUUUUGUUCCAAGCCACUCUCCUCAUGCAGCAAGGACCCUUGGAAGUUACGCCGGUCAAUUGGUUUGCCUACUGUAACCCUAUUUAGAACCCUAUAGCACCUAUUAAUGUUUAUUUUGUCACGUAUCCUCAACCAGGCCUUUAGAAAUCCAAUAGACUUUGACAGUAGACGCCAGUGAAGGAAUCUGCAAGGUUUUGAUGGGAGAUGUUUGUUCACUUAAUUUGUGGAAAAGUUUUAGAAGGAAAAUGAUGGAAUUUUCAAUGUUCCAUUUCGGAGAACACUUGGGUAAUAACUAUAAUGGCUUACUCAUGCUAGAUAUUUUGUCACAUAUAGAUGAAAAACUGUUUACCCUUAAACUGAAGGCCAGCUCAGUUUAGUAGUUACAUUUUAUUAUUUUGAACGAAUCCACAAAAGUGGAUACAUUAGACCAUAAAGGGUUCAAGAUUAACUUUUAAUUUGAUGUUAAUUGCAUAUGUCUAGUGGAGUUUGUGAAUUUUCUACUGAAUAAUUUAUUGCUAUGGUACUUUUUUGAAUGAUAUUCAUUUAUGAGGUCUAAA